CUUUCUUAGUCCGCUUUCACACAGUUUUUCUGGCGAUGAUGACGCUCUGAGCUUUGCUCUGUUAAAACUACUGCAUUUCUGUCCUUUCACGAUUUGGACAACAGAAGGACAAGCACCAUUUUGCUCCAGGAAACUGGUGAUGGACACUAAGGCCGUGUUUGCAGCCCUGUAUGAGGUGUGUGAGGAGAACGCUGGUUUCUUCGGUGGCACGCAAGCAGGAGAUGCUGCACAGAGGCUGGUCGACGCUAUGCUGACCAUUCAGAAACACGCCCGCAGCCUCGAGCCGAUUAUGUGUGGCUUUGCCGCCAUCUACCAUCACUUUGACUUUGACCCUCACAUUCCUGCUAAUGGAUACCGCUCACUAGUGAAGGUGGUGCGUUGCUGUCUUCUUCACAUCAUCCACAAGGCACGCUACAUUGCGUCCAACAGACGGAGCAUCUUUUUCCGUGCAGCCCAUCAGGCUGCAGAGAUGGAAGCUUACAGCUGUGCUCUGUGCCAGCUGAGGGCUCUGCUCUACCUCGCCCAGAGGCUGCUUCACGACAACAGUCACGGCAACCUCUUCUUCCAAGACGAGAACGGUCUAAGCCAGCUCUUUCUACGAGAGUACGCCUCCAUGCACAAGGGCUGCUUUUACGGCCGCUGUGUUGGGUUCCAGUUCACUCCAGCCAUCCGGCCACACUUGCAGAGUAUAACCAUAGGCUUGGUUGCGUUCGGAGAUAACUACAAGAGGCAUCAUUCCGGCAUAGGUGUUGCUGCUAGUUCCUUAUUCACCUCUGGAAAGUAUGCCAUUGAUCCUGAGCUGAGGGGCCUGGAGUAUGAGCGAAUCACUCAGAACUUGGACGUUCAUUUCUGGAAGACUUUCUGGAACAUCACUGAAAGCGAAGUUUUGGCGGGCUUGGUAAGUAUGACCUCCACUCAGGUGAAGGUGAAUCGCUCCCUCUCUGUGCCACCUGAUUGCUUUGAUCUACCCUUGGUGGACAAUCCUGCACAUACGGUCACAAUCUCUGCUCCGGUUGCUCAUACUGGCCCUGGCCCAGUUCAGAUGAGACUCAUAUCCAGUGAGCUACGGGAAGGACAGGACAGUGAGGAGCUGUCAGCAAUAUCCCGUUCCGACGGUGGCUCAAUCUCUCUGUCUGUGAGUCUAAAGAUUAAGAAGAGCCCUCCGUCACCUUGGCUGGUGGUACAUUACCACGGAGGAGGUUUUGUUGCACAGACUUCUAAAUCACAUGAGCCAUACCUCAAAAGUUGGUCUCAGGAACUGAAUGCUCCAAUCCUGUCAGUAGAUUAUUCCCUUGCCCCUGAAGCCCCAUUUCCACGUGCACUGGAGGAGUGUUUCUUUGCCUACUGCUGGGCUAUCAAAAACCAGAAAAUUUUAGGUUGGACAGGUGAGCGAUUGUGUUUGGCUGGUGAUAGUGCAGGGGGUAACCUGUGCAUCACUGUGUCAAUGAUGGCUGUGGCACAUCGAGUACGUUUGCCGGAUGGUAUCAUGGCUGCAUACCCUGCCCUCAUGCUCACCACCUGUGCCUCGCCUUCCCGUCUGCUCAGCCUUAUGGAUCCUCUCCUUCCCCUAAGUGUACUGUUCCGGUGCCUCAGUGCUUAUGCAGGUAUGGAUCCUCAGGAGGAGAAACAGGUAGAGAAGGUGACCACUCUGGGGACGGUUAGGAAGGACACUGCCCUGCUAUUCAAAGGCUUCAGACAGGGAGCCUCAAACUGGAUCCACUCACUCCUGGACCACAACAAAGCAAGUGCAGAGACUGUGAGGAACAGUGUUUCCGAUGGGACUCUCAGUUCUAACCAGUCUGACCCUCUGGUUCCGGGAACAUCCUCUGAGUUCUCGGUGAAAAAAGAAUCUCUGAAAAGCCACACAUGUGAGGGUCUGGUCACCCACACUGCCAGCAAAUCCACCAGCAGCAACCACAACAGCACCAGCUCUACUGCCAACCACAGUGCCAACCUCACACAUCACUAUCAUUCUAUCCUCAACACCACAGCAAUCCUAGAAAGCAAGCCAGAGGAUAUAAGUAUACUUUUCUGCAAAGAGGUAGACCCCUCCGUGUCAAGUUCAAUCUUAUCCGUGGCAGCACCUCCCCCUGAUGGGGAAGAACACUCUGAAAACCCACGAGGGUUUCCUGGGGACUUUGAGCCCUUGCGCUCAGAGCAGCUUGCCAGAAUGAAUGUAGAUUCCUCACCCAUCUAUAGAAAUCCGUUCAUGUCUCCUCUCCUGGCUCCAGACCAGAUGUUGAAGGGACUGCCUCCUGUUCAUUUAGUGGCCUGUGCUCUGGACCCCAUGUUAGACGACUCUGUAACGCUCGCCAGACGACUACGGAACAUUCAGCAGCCUGUGACUCUGUGUGUAGUGGACGACCUCCCACAUGGCUUCCUUAGCCUGUCGCAGCUCUCUAAAGAAACCCACGAGGCCUCUAAUGUCUGCAUGGAGAGGAUCAAAGAUGUCUUCACUAUGAAAGACCUGCCUCGAGAGAUAAACACACACCGCAAACUGGAAAGGACCGACCAUUGUGCUUCAGGUGCCUCUACCAAGUUCUUUCAAACAACCGCUAGUGACGAUGGAAGAGAAGGUGUAGUUUGAAAGUGGAAAGUGGUGUAAUGAUCAACAAAGAUGAAGCUUUGAGGUGAGAUUUGAAGAAUGAAUAUUAUUUAGUUUAGAAAACAGGAAGGUUUUUGACCUGAUUCACUGUGCGAUGAACCAGGAGAAGAAGAAUGAGUAAGAUGCAGCAGUCAUGUCUCACAGAAGCCGUGUCAUAUGUAUACUUCAGUAUAUAUUUAUCAAUAUCUAUCAGUAUUUGAGUAAGUAAAUAGCCGUGAGAGAGAGAGGACACUGCUGUUUUUUUUGUUUUUUUUUUGUGUUAGAAACGACCGUGCAUGUGCACUUGCACUUUCCAAACACACAACUUUAACAAAACAUUGCCACUUUGCCUCUGCACUGUAUUGCUUUGUUGAGAUUCUGAUUAUGAAUCGUACAAAUACCAGCAUGGAAACAAAUGCUUCCUGUCGUCUCUAGGCCUGAAGCUGAAUUUUUUGAAACGUUAUUACUGAAUUUUUGAAACGCACAUUAUUCCUGAACUUCAUGUUUAUGCCAUAGGCAAGCUUUAGGGAGUCAAAUCAAACCAAAUUCCUUCUUGUGGUGUAUGUAUAUCUAUAUAUAUAUGCAUUAUGUUGUGUUUGUGUGAAAGUGGUAGUGUCUUGAAACCGAAAACAAUCAGUUCUGUGUAGAUUUGUGCAUAGAUAGCUCCAGGCUUAAGGUUCUGUGCUAGUGAUCAGAAGGCAGAAAGUUCAAUUCCCAAGCCUUCAGAGAACCACUUUUGGGGCCUUAAUCCUGAACGUCUCAGCUCCAGGCUUGCAUAGUGUCUCAGUUGUGUAAAAGUGCCUGCUAAAUGAAUACAAGUGUAUAUGUGUGUAUAUAUAUAUAUAGAUAUAUUUGUGUAGAUUUUGUGUAUUACGUGUAAAGUACAUUUAUUACGUGUUAUUUUAAGUAUAUUUGUCGUUGUUAAUUAGAAGAAGUUUAAUGUUACUUUUGAGGUCUUGCUUUAAGUCCUAAUUAACCAAAUACAAGUUCAUCAGCAUUAAAGGAUUGCUGGGCUUCAAACACUAGAAGCUGUGAGCUGCACAAUUAUAAUUGACCCAGCAUCAUCCGCUUGCGCACUUUAGCCCAGCCAUUGCUCGUGGAAUUACAUUAAAAUACACAAGGACAUAUUUUUGCACUUUCCUAAAUCUUGUCUUAGUUCCUGCUAUCACUACCUUGCUGCUUGCUUCUGAAACGUUCUGCACGCUGACCCCAUUUCUAGACCCCAGGAGGUAUUUUAGGGAACAUCCUUCAACAACCUUGAACCAAUUAGACGUCUUAUUUAGCAGGAGUCGGACUGUGCUCCCUCGGCAGAUUUUUUCAUUUGAGAAAACAUAAUUUGACUCGACUGGGUUUCGCUCCUCUCACUUAAAACAACUGAAUUAUAGCAACUCCUACAAUUUUCAUGGAAGGACAAAUCAUCAGUUCAUUAGUUAGCCCACUGUGCAGGUCAAAUAACUCUACCCUAAAGUAUGCUAAACUAGCAACAUAUAACUGCCUCUGAUGAGGAGGUCAUCCUCCUCAUCCUUGCUGUCAUGCUAUUAGUUUGUAUGUUUGCUUAGAUUUACCACAGUUUCUAAAUCCCUGCAUGUUAAAGUUCUUUUAUUCAGCUAGUAAUAAUAGUCCUUCCAAUAACCCGAAUGCAUCUGUGGCUGAUGUGUCUAGUGCAGCAGGGGUUCAGGGAGUCGUGCCUGUUAGUAGUGUGUCUCUCUGCCAAGAAACAUAAGAACUGGAACGUGAUGAUUUUUAACAUUCAAAUCAAUGCUUUGGUAAAUUCAUUAGAGUUAUCUUCUCACUCUGGUCAGCGAAGAGGGCAAAAAGAGACCGGAAACCACUUUGUAACUACUCAGUGGUGUCUUAUCCAUAGAGGCAAGAUCCCAGUUUAUACAUUCUAUCAGCCAACUGCAAAUCUUAAAUAAUAUAAAGUCCUCAUUUCGUUCAUAAUAAAUUCCAUCAAAAUGCUAAUUACCUCUUUUGAGUCACCAACAAAAAUGUUUCUGUUUAGCAGAUAAGCUGUUUGCUCACUUUUCUAGAUCUUGUGCAAUUUAUAUCUAUUGAGUUAUUAUUAUUGCACAUAGAAAUAAAAAAUGGGAAUUGCAACAAGCGCUUAUAAGUCCACAGCGGAACAAAUCACGCUGCCCCGUGCUUUGAAGGAGGAGCUGAGGACAGGAUAUAGGACAAGUAAUCACAGGGUUGCCAUAGUAACAACUUCUACACCAAUUUGGGGUAGUUUUAAAUGCCUAGAUCUUGUUCAGUAUUCUAAAUUGAAUCUUAAUUACUUUCCUCAAACUAAGGCAAAGUGGAAGUACUGAUAGUGUGCGUAUGAGGUACAGGACCGUUUCUGUUGUAAGAUUUAGAGAAGGAAUGAUGAAGGAUUAUAGCAUGGAUUAUGUUUCUACAUCAGAACUGAGGAGAAAAGGAGAAAAUGAUGUCUCUCGUUUCAAAUGCAUGAAUUUGAACAGAUCCUCAGCUUUCUUUUCUGAGAUGUAGUGGUGCUGGAAACCUUGGCAUCUCUACCUGAUAUUCCCUGAGCAAAUUUGAAACCUACAAGCCCUUAUAUUAUAUGAAGGAUGUUAUUACGAAACUUACUCUGUACUUUAGCCUUUAAUGUAAGACAGCUCUUAAUUUAAUGUUAAUCAUGGUCAUCAUUAUUAAAAUCUAUGAUCACGAGUCACUGCUGCGCCUCUUAAACCUGCGUGUCCACCUAGAAAUACUGCGAAUAAAAAGAAACUAAUAACCUGGACACGCAGUCUGCUUGCCCCAGACACACGAGCCACUGAUUUGUCCUCCCCUGACUUUGCAGAUCUAAAAAGGCUUGCUGAUGAAACCAUAUUUUCACCUGCUUUUACAAGCUGGUAUUCUCCUUCUACUAUUCUGCCUAUUUCUAUUAGACCAAACAUUGCUACCUCAUCUGCAUAUUCAUUUCCGUAGGCAAAUCAACAGCUAAGAAGUGACAUUCAGUUACGAUACCUGUGAUAUUAUCUGAGACCGUGUUGGACCAUGAUAUCUGUGAAGAUCUGCUUUCGCUACAUGACCUAGUAUGCUAUGGCUCUAACAGAUGCUUAUUUUCAGAGUAUUAAUUAUAGUUCCUGGUGACCGUGUGGAUCUUCCUGGCCUUUUGCGGCUGCUUGUUGAAGCAUUUAUCCUCAAAAUAUUCUGUAGUUCUCGACCAAACUGUGGCUUUUGUGAUUGCGUAGUAGUCAGUAAGUCGGUAAUGGAGUGUGAAUUAUUUGUGUCUGGAGUUCAUUUGUGUUUCUUCCAUUUGUAGGAAAACCAGCACUUUAUAGAUUCAGUGUACGCUGUAUAUAAUCUCAUGCGCAAAGAUACGUUUUUAUUGUUUCUCUUUUGAUCAAAACACCACAAGUGCAAAAAAAAAAAACGUACAUGGAAAUUGAAUGUAUUUCUGCUUUUCCCUGCCUCCUACAUUCGUUUAUAACGGUUUGGUUCGGGAAUUGCAGACCUUAUGCAGAAUUCUUAGAGGUUGGUAAGAGCACAUAGCCUAGAACAAUUAAGAAAUAAAUAUUUUUUUUAGAUAACACUUGGAUUUCAAAAACGAUUUUAGCGAUAUAUUUCCUUUAGUGCCGAAUAAUGUAAUAGGAAUAAUAGGUUUUAUUUAAGAAUCGUGUAAUUAGUCGAUAUUUACAGGCAAGCUCAAACUAAAGAAAAAUCCGUUAUCGGCUAAACCUUUCUCGCUUCUUCUUCUUAUUGGGGAAUUUUAUGCAUUUCAUAUAUCUAUGAGGAGAAUAUGAUGGCAAAGCAAAAUCAGAUUUACAUAUGGGAAAAACUACCAAAAAAGAAAAAUUCACUACUCUUUGCAGUCUAAAUGGAAAUGUAAUCUAAAUGGAAAUCUAAAUCAAAAAUGUAAUCCAAAGGUCAAAGUGCAGUUGAAAUAUUCUGCCACUUUCUUCUGGGUUCUGCUGCUUUCUUCGUCAUAUGCAUUUUCUUUGUUGUUGUUGUUGUUGUUGUUUUUUUUUUAAAUCAGUAUAUUUUUCAGAGUUUAUUGUUAUUGUAUUAAAAUAGGUAGGCUGAACCGAUUUCGUGGUUUUGUGUCCUGAUGCACAUGUGAUUUAUGGUGUACAUGUGAUUUUAUGUGGUUUAUGCAA